AUGCGCCGUGAAACGCCGUCGUUGCCAGCACCGCCACCCACGGUGUUGGCACUUGGGUUCAGGUUCCACCCCACGGACGAAGAGCUUGUCAUAUACUACCUUAAACACAAGGUUUGCGGCGAACCCUUUCGAAACAAUGCUAUUUCCGAGGUCGACAUCUACAAGAGCGAGCCUUGGGACCUCGCAGGUUAUAUCCUUGUUUUUGUAUUGGUUUUUCAUAGUGGCCGAGCCCAGGGUGGAUUGAGGACCAAUUGGGUGAUGCAUGAGUAUAGGCUUGUAGAUGAAGAAUUGGAGAAAGCUCGGGCUGGGGCUACUAUACAGGAUUCAUAUGUGCUGUGUCGGGUAUUUCUUAAGAAUAAUAUUGGACCACCGAAUAGCCACCGAUAUGCUCCUUUUAUUGAGGAGGAAUGGGAUGAUAGUGCACCGGUUUUGCUUCUGGGGGAACAGGCUGGGAAGGAAGUGGUAGCCGUCCACAAUCCAUUUGAUGUAGAGGCUGGCUAUGAUGCACAUGCUGAAGAGGUUGGUCAUGAUGAAUGUGAUGAGGAUGCUGGCAAUGUUAUAUAUGCUGAAGAGAAUGGCCGUUACGAAUAUGUCGAGAAUGGUUAUGUUGAAUGCGUUGAAGGGAAUAAUUUUGAGCAGGAUACUCAGUCCAUUAACGGGGCUCCUCUUAGUGCUAGUGAAGUACCAAGAGAGAAUCAAAAUGCUCUGGUCGUCUGCAAGAGUGAGAGAAUGGAUGAUUAUCCUUCGCCGUGCUUGGCUAAUCCAAGACCCAGCCCACUAUUAAGGUAUAAAAAAAGGCGUAAUAAUGAAUUGAACUCUAACCAUUCAAAUGGUUUAGAGACUUCAACUAGGACAAGUCAGGAUCAUUGCUCAUCUACAACAACCACCACCACCGCACCUGCAACAAGAAGGAAUUUCCUUUCUAAACUCGAGGAAUGUUUUCUAUUAGAAUAUAUUGAACCCAAAGAUAGUCUUUCGGUUUCUCCUCUGUUUGAUAUUGCUAAUCUUGAUUCGUCCGUGCCUCCUAGCUGCUUGAAAUUCAUACAAGAUCUGCGAAAUGAGAUACAUAAAAUUUCAGUAGAAAGGGAGACAUUGAAGUCUGAACUGAGGAGUGCCCAAACCGUGUUUAACAUUCUUCAAUGUCGAAUUGAUCUUCUGAACAAGGAAAAUGAGGACUUGAAGAGGAGUGCCCAAGAUGUCAAGUGACUGGUAGGCGUAUGUUAUGUGAGUUUUGCAGCCCUUGGUGGGCUUUUCCCUCUCACAUCAGUUGAUCUGGGAUCAUGUAUUCUAGGGUCAGGAACUUUUUACUGUUGUUUGAACAUUUGUUUGUAAGAAUGUCAAACUGUAAUGUUGUAUCGGCUAUCGAAGCCUUUGUUCUGAAAAAUAGGUAAUGUAUGAAU